AUGAAAUGGAGAAAAGAUGCAAAAGAAGGAAUAGUUGUGGCUGGAGGAAAUGGUCAAGGAAAAGAUCUCAAUCAGUUGUCUUAUCCUCGAGGAGUAAUUGUUGAUGAUUUGGGUCAAAUCUAUGUGGCAGAUUGGGGGAAUCAUCGAAUAAUGCGUUGGUGUGAUGGAGAAGAAGAAGGUGAAAUUGUUGUUGGGGGAAAUGGAAAAGGAAAUCAACCAAAUCAAUUGAAUAAUCCUUAUGGUUUAUCUUUUGAUAACGACGGCAAUCUUUAUAUUGUUGAUGGUUGGAAUCAUCGAAUUCAAAAAUUCGAUAUCGUUUUGUAA